CCGCACCAGAGAGCCGGCUCAAACAGCGGAGACAGCACACAAGGAGCGACUGAGGUGAUAAGAAAAUGGCCAGAGAGCGACUCUACUCUGCAGUCCGGAUCACAGCCAGCACCUUGUUUGCCCUGUCCAUUCUGGGCACCAUCACCUGUACCUAUGUGAAAGGUUAUCAGUUUGGCUACACAGAGCAUUACCACCUGUCCUUUGGACUGUAUGGAGCCUUUCUCACUCUCCAUCUCUUCAUCCAAAGUUUCUUCGCCUUCCUGGAGCACCGGAGAGUCAGGAAGGAGAACCGACCCAUCAAAUUCACCAAGUCAGUGGCUCUCUGCAUAGCAGCGUACCAGGAGGACCCUGACUACCUGAGGAAGUGCCUAGUGUCUGUGAAGCGCAUUGCUUACCCAAACCUGAAGGUGGUGAUGGUCAUUGAUGGAAAUCAGGAGGAGGACAUUUACAUGCUGGAGAUAUUCAAUGAGCUGAUGGGUGCCGAGAAUACCGCCUCCUACAUCUGGCAGAGUAACUACCACCAGGAGGGGCCUGGAGAGACCACAUUCACCCACAACGAGGGCAAGAGCAGGGUGCAGCAAAUUGUCAGCCAGUCCACAUUCUCCUGCAUUAUGCAGAUGUGGGGAGGGAAGCGGGAGGUGAUGUACACAGCCUUUGCUGCCCUGGGAGAUUCUGUGGAUUACAUACAGGUAUGUGACUCAGACACUGUGUUAGAUCCAGCCUGCACUGCAGAGAUGGUGAGAGUCCUGGAUGGAGACCCCAGUGUAGGGGGAGUGGGUGGCGACGUGCAGAUCCUGAACCAGUACGACUCCUGGAUCUCCUUCCUCAGCAGUGUGCGCUACUGGAUGGCCUUCAAUGUGGAGCGUGCCUGUCAGUCAUACUUUGGGUGUGUUCAGUGUAUCAGUGGCCCACUGGGCAUGUACCGUAAUUCACUGCUGCGCAUCUUCCUGCACGACUGGUACAGUCAGCACUUCCUGGGCUCCAAGUGCAGCUUCGGAGACGACCGCCACCUCACCAACCGUGUGCUUAAUCUGGGCUUUAAGACCAAGUUCACAGCCCGUUCCCGGUGCUUGACUGAGACGCCGAGCCGCUACCUUCGCUGGCUCAACCAGCAGACACGUUGGAGCAAGUCCUAUUUCCGUGAGUGGCUGUAUGGUGCACUCUGCUUCCACAAGCACCAUCCCUGGAUGACCUACGAGGCUGUGGUUAGUGGCUUCUUCCCCUUCUUUCUGAUCAGCACCGUCAUGCAGCUGUUCUAUCGUGGACGGCUCUGGAACAUCCUGCUCUUCCUGUUGGCUGUGCAAGGGGUGGGGGUACUGAAGGCGGCUCUGGCCUGCCUGCUGCGCGGCUCAGCACACAUGCUCUUUCUGUCCCUCUACUCGUUGCUCUACAUGUCCAGCCUGUUGCCAGCCAAACUCUUUGCCCUGCUAACCAUCAACCGACCUGGCUGGGGAACAUCGGGCCGCCGCAAGCUGGUGGUGAACCUGGUGGGAUUGCUGCCUGUCUCUGUUUGGUUUGGCGUACUGGCCGGGGGCCUGGCCUACACCAUCUACCAGGAGAGCCAGCGUCCACUGCCCGAUACUGAAAGGCCCUUUCUCAUCGCCGGCUCUGCUAUCUAUGCUUGCUACUGGCUGCUGCUACUUGUCCUCUACCUGGCCAUCGUGGCUAAGCCGUGCCGCCACAAGCAGCAACGUUGCGACCUGGCCCUGCUGGAGGCCUGAGGCCUGACCUGUGCUGAGUAUCCCAGGGCUGAGGGCUUGGCUUGGCCCAUGUAAUGGCCCCCUGCACCUGGGAAAUAAAUCCUUCAAUGCUGAAGCCAAAGGCACCAAACAAUACUCCCAGUGCAGUCGCACUGAGAGUGGGUGUUUACCCAGCACUAUGUUCUGCUGAGCAGGUUGGAGCAUCAGUUCUAACUGCAUUGAUACAGGAAAUUACUUUCAAUUUGCAGUUGACAUCAACCUGGCUCUGCUGGGGUUCCCACACCUUUCUCACUGCUGGGGAGCUGAGCCAACAACUGCCACCUCUUUUGCAAUAUUGCUGUUCUUAAAAUGUAAAUUAUUUUUGUACAAAUGGACAAAAUUAAGUGUUUAAGCUACAGCUAGACUUACAGGAAGUGAAUGAGUUUUACAAUUUGUACAACUGUGAUGGUGUAAAGUCAUGACGUUAAUCCUGAGUGAACUUGAUGCUUGUCCUGUGGAAGGAGGCUUGUAUCAAAAAUUUCUACUGAUUUACGAUCACUUUGUAU